AUGAUAUGGAGGGGAUUGGAACACCUGAAUCACAUGAUUGGGAGGGGAUUGGAACACCUGAAUCACAUGAUAUGGAGGGGAUUGGAACACCUGAAUCACAUGAUUGGGAGGGGAUUGGAACACCUGAAUCACAUGACAUUGAGGGGAUUGGAACACCUGAAUCAUAUGAUAUGGAGGGGAUUGGAACACCUGAAUCACAUGAUAUGAAGGGGAUUGGAACACCUGAAUCACAUGAUAUGAAGGGGAUUGGAACACCUGAAUCACAUGAUAUAGAGGGGAUUGGAACACCUGAAUCACAUGAUAUGGAGGGGAUUGGAACACCUGAAUCACAUGAUAUGGAGGGGAUUGGAACACCUGAAUCACAUGAUAUGGAGGGGAUUGGAACACCUGAAUCACAUGAUAUGGAGGGGAUUGGAACACCUGAAUCACAUGAUAUAGAGGGGAUUGGAACACCUGAAUCCCCUGAUUGGGAGGGGAUUGGAACACCUGAAUCACAUGAUAUGGAGGGGAUUGGAACACCUGAAUCACAUGAUAUGGAGGGG